CCUCCAUCAUGUCUCUGAGGGCUAAAUCCUACGGCCAGAAAACCCUGAGCGUCUACGGUGGAGCCGGCGGCCACGGCACCCGCAUCUCCUCCGCCCGGUCGGGCUACGUGCCCGCUCCAGGCUUCAACCUGGCUGACGGCUUGGACCUCCAGGUCGGCGCCAACGAGAAGGCCACCAUGCAGAACCUGAACGACCGUCUGGCUUCUUACCUGGAGAAGGUGCGCACCCUUGAGAAGGAGAACGAGCGCCUGGACAAGCAGAUCAGAGCCUGGUACCAGAGCAUAACUGUCAUCAGCCACGACUACACAAGCUACUUUGCCAUCAUUGAUGACCUGAAGGAUAAGAUCUGUGUCGCUGCCAGGCUCAAUGCCAAGACAAUUCUGGAUAGUGACAACGCAAAACUGGCUGCUGAUGACUUCAAAAUGAAGUAUGAGAAUGAGCUGGCCAUGAGAAUGACUGUGGAGGCAGACUCCACUCGGCUGAAGAGACUUCUGGAAGAGAUGAACAUGGCCAGAGUGGAUCUGGAGUGCCAGGUGGACGGUCUGAAGGAUGAGGUCAUCGUGCUGAAGAAGAACCACGAAGAGGAAUUGGCUCUGCUCAGGAGUCAGAUGGGCGGUCAGGUUAACGUGGCUGUGGAAGUGUCCCCCUCUCUCGACUUGAGCCAGGCUAUGACAGAGAUCAGAGAACACUAUGAGGCUAUGAUCGCCAAGAACAGCAAGGACCUCGAGUCCUGGUACCAGAGCAAGAUCGCAGCAGUAGCGCAGGAAGCGAUGACACAUUCAGAGUCUCUGGUGACAUCCCACUCAGAAAUCAAAGACCUGAAGAGCACUCUCCAGAGGCUUGAAAUUGAACUGCAGUCCCAUCUUAGCAUGAAAGCAUCCCUGGAGGGCACCCUGGCAGAGACACAAUCCCACUCCACUGCACAGCUAGCAGGCCUGCAGAACACGGUCAUGAGCUUAGAGGCCCAGCUUACCCAGAUCCACGCCAACAUCACCAGCAACAAGUACGAGUACGACCUUCUGUUGGACCUUAAAACACGACUGGAGCUGGAGAUUGCAGAAUACAGACGGCUGCUGGAUGGAGAGGACGACAGCUCAAAGCAAGUGGUCACCAAGCUCAUCACAGUGGUGGAGACGGUCGUGGACGGGAGGGUGGUUGAGAGCACCAAGACUGUCGACGUAGAUGUGGAUCACAUUGAGUGA